UAAAGAGCUGUUUUGCCUCCCGACCGCAAGCAAACACUGAAUCGCAAACACUGAAUCACAACCUCAUAGGAGGAGAUCAGAAACCACACAUACACACGGUGCUUCUCAUAACCAAAAGUGGCAUCCAGUCUAGCUUAGACUUCUAGUUUAGACUUCUAGCCUACAGCUCAACCAAUUUAGUCAGUUGAUGAGUCAGGUCGCUACAAACCAAUUAUUUUCUCUUAAAAAAAAGUGAUAAAUAUCUUAUGGAACGUAUUUCUUAAGGCGCAUCCCAUUGUAAUAGAGUCUAGUAAAUUGAGAGCAAGUGAAGUUUUGUUGAGAGAGGAGAGAGAGCGCAGAGAGCGAGGAUGGCUGCACUGAUCAGCGCGUACUCGUCUUGGCCGGAGAGUUUUGAGUGCUCGGCGGGAGAUGGAGACGUGCCCGACGGACAUGGCGCACACAGAACUCCCGUGGACAAGGCGUCGGAGCCGCGCAUCAGGCGGCCCAUGAAUGCGUUCAUGGUCUGGGCCAAAGAUGAGAGGAAGCGCCUGGCUGUCCAAAACCCAGACCUGCACAACGCAGAGCUCAGUAAAAUGCUAGGCAAGUCGUGGAAAGCGCUGACCCCCUCUCAGAAGCGUCCCUACGUGGAGGAAGCCGAGAGGCUGCGGGUGCAGCACAUGCAGGACUACCCCAACUAUAAGUACCGGCCUCGCCGGAAGAAGCAGCUAAAACGCAUCUGUAAACGCGUGGACCCCGGCUUCCUGCUGGGCAGCCUGGCGGGCCCCGACCAGAAUGCCUUGUCCGACCCCCGGGGCCUCUGCCACCCCUUGGGUUUGGAUACGGACGAGGAUGGGGUUAGUGGUGGUGAUGGAGGUGUUGGGUUCUCGACCCUCUCUUCCCGCAGCCCAGGGCCUCUACCUGGGGUUAGAUCCUUCAGAGACGUACCGUCCAGCUCUAGCUCCAACAGCUUCGACACCUAUCCCUACGGCCUCCCCACCCCGCCUGAGAUGUCCCCUCUGGAUCACGACCACCCCUCCUACUACCCUUCCUCCUCUUCCUCCUCCUCGUCCGUCUCUUCCCCCGAGGAGCGCCACCAGCACCGUCAGGGUCAGACCCCCGGAGGUGGAGGUGGGGGUCCCAUGUGCCUCAGUCCUUCAUCCUACCACCCUGACUACACCUCCACUCAGACUUCCAGUCACUGUGGUUCCUCCCACUCCCACCUGACCCACCUCUCCCACCUGACCCAGACCCAGUCCGGAGGCCUCAUCCCUGGGCACCCUCUGUCCUACUACAACCCAUCCUCCUGGUCCUCCCAGCUCCAGGUCCACCCGGGCCUCAAUCACCCUCACUUAAGGCAUCUUUCCCCAGGUCACCACCAACAGCACCACUUGGGUCAGCUAUCCCCUCCUCCCGAGCAGAACCACAGUCAUCUGGAGACUUUGGACCAGCUGAGUCAGGUAGAGCUUCUAGGGGAGGUCGACCGCGAUGAGUUCGACCAGUACCUGAACUCAACGGUGGCAGGCGCUGCAGCAGCAGGGGUGGGGGUGUUCCGUUCCGAACAGGGAGGAGGAGGAGGAGGAGGAGGAGGAGGAGGAGGAGGAGGAGGAGGAGGAGGAGGAGGAACGAUGACGGUGACCGGUCACGUCCAGGUGACAUCGGCCUCAGCUCCGUCUUCUGAGAGCAGCGUCGGGGAACCCAGCCUGAUCUCUGUGCUGGCGGACGCCACGGCAGCAUACUACAACAACUACGGCAUCUCUUAGACAGGACGGCUUGUCGAGUUACCCGGUUGCCAUGCCUACGCCCGCCGCGCUCUCGUCGUCACACCUGGAACUGACCAGGGAACAUAUGUCUCAAGCGUUUAAGAGUAGGAGUGCUGAUCUAGGAUCAGGUCUCUCCCCCCGGUCCAUGUAAUCUGAUUCAUUAUAAUCUAGGAUCAGCCCCC